UUGUUUUGUUUUGUUUGACGAGAAAAAAAAUUUGCAUACUUAAUCGUAUGCAUCGUCUGCCAGCCGGUCGGCACGCGUAUGUGUUUUUUUACUAUCUGGGCUCUGGGGGAAUGAUUUUUGUGCUAAACAAUGGAAAAGGACAAGGAAAAACGAAAGCCCGACAAGGUCGAUGGAUUUUUUGGUCUUUGUGGAGAUACAUUUUCAUACAUCAUCAAGAACGCAUUCACUAUUAUUAAAAUAUUAUUAAUAAUAAUAUUUAUAUUAUUAACAUGUCAUCUAAUCAUACUACAAAAUAAAAAUAGUUUCUAUGACUUAAGUUCAACGUAUCAAGAUCAUGAUCAACCAAUUUCCAUCAAAAUACCACCCGCACCAGAUCUCAAGAAAAACUUAGUCCCAAUUAACACAGAAGACUUAAAUUUACCUAAAGUUUUCGAAGUAAAAAAAUCUAAAAUAAUACACUAUGGUCAAGAUGGACUGCCAAGUUAUCCAAUGAAGACAAAAAGUCGGGGAAUCUUCUUCAUGGUUAACAUCAUAGAUUUCCCAAAUAAAGCUAAAGAACGGCUUGGUGCUAAAAACGAUUCAAUAAGUUUGUUGCAUUUGUUUCAAGAAUUCGGAUUCACAUGUUUUCCAUAUCACAAUCUUACAAAAAAACAGUUUUUUGAAAUAUCAGAAAAACUUAGAAAGUCUGAAUAUUUGGAAAAAACAGAAUCUUUUGUUUUGACAGUGAUGUCGCAUGGUGGGAUGGAGGACAUGCACGACCGAGUACAAUUUAGUGAUGGAGAAAUGUGCAAAGUAAAGAAAAUCGAAGAGUUCUUCUCGGAAACCAAUUGCAAGAGUUUGAUUGGUAAACCUAAAGUUAUGGUUUUUCCUUUCUGCAGACAAGCAUCACAAAAUCUUACCGAAAAUAAAACGGUCGGCUGCUUUCCUACAGUUUGUAAGCCACCACCUGUUCUAUCAGAUAUUCUUGUUUGCUAUGGAACGGUUAGAGGUUUUCCAUCAUAUCGACACCCAAUUGAAGGAUCAAACUACAUACAGGUCUUUUGUAAGAUCUUAGCCAAACAUGCGCACUACAUGCACUUAGAGGAUAUGUUAAAAUUGAUCGGCAAAGAGCUGCGUGAACAGACAAAUUCACAAAUUAUAGCUCAUUACAAUUACGGGUUUAACAACCUGUUGUUUUUUAACCCUGGAAUAUGUGAAAAUUAG